AUGUAUCGCCAGUCGUUCGCUCCGCCGCCGGCGCAGUCGCCUCCGCUCCACCAUCCGGUGCCUCAGCAUGUCUCGACCGUUCCUAUGAUGCGAUCUCCGCCUCCUCCGACGUCUCAGCAGUCCCAGUCUUCCACCUAUGGCAACCCAUAUCAACCAGCCCCAGCGCAAGGCGGCAGCGGGACGUACGCUCCUGGAUUCGGCGGGUUCAUCAACGAUCCUACGGCGCAGAUGGGAUUCCAAGUGGGAAAGACGGCGAUGAUGGCAGGACAGGAGUACAUGGAGCAGAAUUUCAACCGUUAUGUCUCCAUUCCGGCGCUGAAGCAUUACUUCAAUGUCUCCAACUCCUACGUCUUAAACAAACUUGCCCUUGUGCUCUUCCCGUGGCGACAUAAACCAUGGUCCCGUCAACAAGCCCGUCUGACGACGGCAUCAGCCGGUCCCAACGGGCAGAUCACCCAGCAGCAAUACUCGUCCAUGUUCCUCCCUCCUCGAGAUGACCUCAACUCCCCUGAUAUGUACAUCCCCGUGAUGGCUCUGGUCACCUACAUCUUAUUGUCGGCGAUGUUGGCUGGCUUCCGCGGCAACUUCCACCCCGAGAUGCUCGGAUCCAUCACGACGACGGCCAUCGCCGUGAUCCUUUUCGAGAUCCUCUGCCUGAAGCUCGCCAUGUAUAUCCUCAGCAUCAACAACGACUCGCAACUACUGGACUUGGUGGCUUAUUCCGGCUACAAAUUCGUCGGCAUCAUCGCUACCCUUGUUACGUCGGAGAUCUUGACUCCGGGUCGGGGCACCGGUGGCUGGGUUGGCUGGGUCGUGUUCGUCUACACGUUUUUGGCGAACGCAUUUUUCCUGCUUCGUUCCUUGAAAUACGUGCUGCUCCCCGACUCGACGAGCGAUGCGUCGAUGCGCACUGGUUCGAUGCACACGGUUGCCCGUUCGCAGCGCAACCGUCGCACGCAGUUCCUAUUUAUCUACUCCUACGUCAUCCAAUUCGUAUUCAUGUGGGUUCUGAGCCGGGAGGGACCGUCCAGCGUGGCGGCUAAUGCGGCGGGUGCGGGAUCUUCAUGA